AGAUACGGAUUGUGUGUUAUUUUACGUUGUGUUUGUGGAACGUCCUUAAGAUUGUGUAAACUUAUUUUUUUCUUAGGUGGGUGGUGUCUUGGGGCAGUAAAUCGUGGUCACAGGACUCAUCAUCGUUCCCGGCUUCCUCGUUACGCUUGCGCUAUCAGAGGAAUUGUACGCAGAGCGCGCCGCUAUAUAAAGGCAGCCACUUGUUGAGCGACACGCAUUCUGCCGAUUCGCUUCCGCCGCGGAUAUAUCCUCGAGGACGAAAAGGGGAGCGAACAUCCGACGGGUGACCACGACGGUAUUUCUCGGUAUUGUGCUACUUCAAGUACACAACUCCAGCUCAAUUCGUCACGAGAGUGAUUGACGUGGGACUUCCUAUCAGAUAAAAUGAAUUUAGAGGAUUACCGCAAACAUGGAAAGGAAAUGGUGGAUUACAUCGCCGAUUAUCUAGCAAACAUCCGUUCUCGGCGAGUAUAUCCAGCAGUCUCACCGGGAUACUUGAGAAAUGUCCUGCCGGCGUCGGCCCCCGUGGACGGCGAGCCCUGGGAGGACAUAUUCGCCGACAUUGAGAAAUGCAUCAUGCCGGGUGUGACGCAUUGGCAGAGUCCGCACAUGCACGCCUACUUUCCGGCCCUGAAUUCACCUGCCAGUCUGCUGGGCGACAUGCUGGCCGACGCAAUAAACUGUCUGGGUUUCACGUGGGCCUCCAGUCCAGCGUGUACCGAGCUAGAAACACUCGUAAUGAACUGGCUAGGUAAAAUGAUCGGUCUACCCGAAGAUUUCCUACAUCGACCGGGCGGUUCCGGCGGCGGUGGCGUCAUACAAACAACGGCGUCAGAAGCCACGCUGGUGUCUUUGCUUGCGGCCAGAGCCAGAGCUAUUAGGGACGUGCAGGAGAAUGAUCCUGAUCGUUUGGCGACGGAGAUCAAUUCGCGACUAGUUGCAUACUGCUCGGAUCAGGCACAUUCGAGUGUGGAAAAAGCUGGACUUAUAGGACUCGUUCGAAUGCGAUAUGUUGAAUCUGACAGUGAGCUAAGCAUGAGAGGAGACGCUUUACUUGAGGCAUUAACACGCGAUCGAGCUGAGGGCCUACUUCCUUUCUUCGUAUGUGCGACUUUAGGCACCACUGGUGCAUGUUCCUUCGAUAAUCUUAAGGAAAUUGGACCGAUAUGUCAACAAAAUGGUUUAUGGUUACACGUCGAUGCGGCCUAUGCUGGUAGCGCUUUCAUAUGUCCGGAAUUUCGCGGCUGGCUUCAAGGAAUAGAGCUUACUGAUUCCAUUGCCUUCAAUCCAAGCAAGUGGCUUAUGGUCCACUUUGAUUGUACAGCCAUGUGGGUAAAGAACAGUCAAGCGCUACACAGAACUUUCAAUGUCGAUCCGCUAUAUUUGAAGCACGAAAAUUCAGGCCUUGCAAUCGAUUUUAUGCACUGGCAGAUUCCUCUAUCUAAAAGAUUUCGGGCUCUAAAACUGUGGUUUGUUAUCAGAAAUUAUGGGAUUACUGGCUUGCAGAAACAUAUACGAGAGGGCGUGCGGCUGGCCCAGAAGUUCGAAGCUCUGGUUUUGGCUGAUGCUCGCUUUGAAAUUCCUGCUCUGAGACAUCUCGGUAUGGUGGUCUUUCGUCUUCGCGGCGAGAACACCUUGACAGAACGUUUGCUAAAGAAGCUUAAUUCGCGGGGCCGUCUGCAUUGUGUGCCAGCCGCCUUGCAUGGAAAAUAUGUUAUCAGAUUUACAGUUACCUCGACAAACACUACAAAUGAAGAUAUUCUAAGGGAUUGGGCAGAAAUACGAUGUACCGCUAAUGAAAUCUUGGGUGAUAAUACCCAAUCAGCUAUACGAGCUAGAGUUCCUCUCGCAGACACGCGACAGAAGAAUGAAAAUUUUGGAUCGAGCUUACUAUUAGCUAAUUCGCCAAUGUCUCCGAAAAUCGUAAACGGUAGUUUUGCCGCAAUAUAUGACACAGCCGAUGUAUUUGAAGAAUGUAUGAAAACGUUUGGGAAAAUUCAUCUUGAGGCGAGAGACAGUCCAGCCAUACGUCGUCGCAUUCGCGGAAUAUUAAUGUCAGGCAAGCAAUUUUCAUUGGAUUCUCGCAUGGAUCUUGUUCAGGUAUGCUUAAACUAAAUUUUGAUGAUUUUGAUGCAUGGAAU